UGAGAGUCUGUGUAAACUCGAUUGAUUGCCGCACAUAAAAAGAUACGAUGAAGGUCCGCCACGAGCUGGUAAUUUGCGGUAAAAGUGGUCGAUAAAAGGGUGACAAAAACCAUAAAAAACCAUGAAGAAAAAUGGAGCAACGGCGAGAGUGACGCCUGCAUUUGUGAAAUGGAGCGAUGAAACUGAAAAUAACAUUAACGGGCUUGAAACUAGCAAAGGACGAAGGAAAUCUCGCUCAGAGGAAGGAGAAAAUUCAGGAACUCCUACUUCCUUUAAAACGAUAAACACAAGAACUUACGAUUGGGAUAGAACUAUUUCUGAAACGAAGAUCAGUACGUCAAAUGUUAAGGUUGCUUUCGCUAAAGAUAGCAGCUCUUACAACAACACGCAGUCGAGUAAAAUGCGCAUGAUUUUGGCAUCAGUUGGCAAAUUGAUGUGUUUGCCUUCUUGUUUCAGAGUACAAUUCUCGUCUCGCCAACUGGAAGAGAUUUACCAACGUUACUACUGCCGGCAGAAGCUGGACAGGAUUUUGUAUAUAAUUUUACUGGAUUUUGUGGUCAAUUUGUGUUUAAUCACGAUGUAUUCGGUGGUUUUUACCAAAUCGAACCGGACACAAGUGAAUCGAAUCAUAGUCACUUCUACCUUCUGCGCGCUUAACCUCUCGUUCAUCAUUCUACAUUUUUUGAAGCUGUUUCCCGCUCGAGUUUUUAAAUUCCUGCCCUAUAUUGUAUGGUUCACAGUGUUCUUCCAGUUACAAGUGGAUUUGGCCAUAGGUUAUUAUCCUCUUGUGCCAAGCGAUUCCGUUGGGAUGUUCCUCUUUUUUAUGUUUAUAACAAAUGUUAUGCUACCCGCCAGUUUACCUCUGUGUGCUGCCAUGUCGCUCCUGGUUGCUGUGGGACAUAUUACCAUAACCAGUAUUCGUGCUACACAAAAUCGAGAGUAUUUUGGAAGGCAGAUGGGGGCGAACAUUUUGUUGUUCGUCUGCAGCAAUAUUAUUGGUGCUAUAGAUUUUUAUAUCGCUGACAAAAGACAAAGAAGAUCUGUUCUGGAAACCAGGCAGUCAUUAGAAGUGAAAAUCGCCUUAGAAUCGGAAAAUCGACAACAGAGGCGAUUACUUCACUCUGUCCUUCCGAAACAUGUGGCCACAGAAAUGGUAAAUGACCUUGAACAUGAUGGGACAUUUUUGAAAGAUGGAGCAUUUAACAAACUGUUUCUCAAACGCCAUCAGGAGUGCAGUAUCCUCUUUGCUGACAUCGUUGGGUUCACGGAACUUUCCUCUAAAUGUACAGCAGAAGAGUUAAUUAUCACACUCAACGAAUUGUUUGCUAACUUCGACAAGAUUGGGACAAAAAACAGCUGUCAACGAAUUAAAAUUCUUGGAGAUUGUUACUAUUGCAUCGCGGGCCUGGAUGACAACAAAAAGCAUGCGCAAUGUGCUGUUGAAAUGGGACGUGACAUGAUAAGUCACAUUGCUAAGGUCAGGCGGCAAACCGGCGUGAAAACUCUGGACAUGCGCGUCGGAGUCCAUACAGGAUCUGUGCUCGCUGGAGUCCUGGGAAAGAUCAAGUGGCAGUUUGAUGCUUGGUCAAAUGACGUCACAUUGGCUAACAGCAUGGAAUCCGGAGGAAUACCCGGUCGUGUUCACAUAUCAGAGUCCACAUACAACUGCGUUAAACUGGAUUACGAUGUCGAGCCGGGUGAGGGUCACACUAGAAACGACUUCAUUAAAGAACAAGGAGUUAAAACGUUCUUGAUUGUGAGAAGAAAAAGUGAAGACGGGAAUAAACCAGCAUCAUCCCAAAGCCAGGAAAGCGUGGACGCUAUGUGGCUGACUGACCCUUCUUCAAAAGAAAAAAGACGAACCUCGUCACCAAUAGUGGAGCUUAUAACGGGAGAUAAAGAACAUAUCAUUAACAGAAAAGAGAUGGAGUUCAGAAGAGUUUCUCUUUUUGAUGAGGAAGAGUCGGAAAAGUCAGACUCCUCUACUACAACAAGUGAAAAAAAUCUAAACAUACUGCUGUCAGACGUUCUUGACGAUCGAGCAGGAGGCGUCAAGGAGAAGAUGAAUCCUUUUACUUUGCGAUUUCUGGAAAGUGAUUGUGAGUUUCAGUAUACUCUGGAGAAACAGGAGAUGAGUGGAGAGUCACUGUUUUGCCUCUGCAUUGUAAUCGUCUUCUGUUUCUUUGUAGAACUCGCAAUUUUACCAAGAUCUUUACGAAACUAUUUGACGUUUUCCUUGGGAUUUCUGUUCCUGGCUAUUCCUACGGUAAUAACAGCUGCUGUCAGUUUCCCAAAGUGUUUUCCCCGGUUUCUAGUAGACCUCUCAAAGAUCCUCGAUGGUAGUAAACCAGCUCGAACACUUAUCGCUGCUUUAAGCGUAUCCGUAUUGGCUGGAACAGAAUUGAUUGACAUGCUUGCUUGUACAGCAACGAAACUGGACGAAACAAAGGAUGAGCUGAGAAUCAACAGAUCAGAGUAUCUUAAUCCUUCAAGUCCGUCAUGUGAAUAUCCUCAGUAUUUUUCCUACAAUGGUAUCCUGAUUCUAGUGGGGAUCUCGGUUCUAGUCCAACUUAGCCAUUCACUAAAGUUUUUAUUGACACUGGGUGUCUUACUCGCCUAUUGCAUCAUCAACAUCUUUACUAAACAGGAGAUUUACGAUAACUAUGACGCCUAUGUGCACCCUGUCAAUACAAACACGUCGUUCGUUCCAAAGAAGUAUUUUUCGUCUGUCAUCAUGGUGCUCUGUUUUUGUAUCCUCGCCCUUCAUAGCCGACAAGCUGAACGAACUGCACGUCUGUUGUUCUUAUGGAAAAUGGAGGCCUUUGAAAAGAAAACAGAAGUGGAGAAAAUCAGGGAAAGAAAUCAAAAGUUAGUGAACAACAUUUUACCUGAGCAUGUGGCGGAUUAUUUUCUUCAACAUCAGAAUAAAGACGAAACGGACCUAUACAGCCAGUCAUACAAGUACGUGACAGUAAUGUUUGCUUCAAUUCCAAACUUUGAUGAAUUUUACUCUGAAGAUCAAAUCAACGACGGCGGAAAGGAAUGCAUCAGGUUCUUGAACGAAAUCAUAAAUGAUUUUGACGAGGUUUUGUCAGAGGCUAGGUUUCGAACUAUUGAGAAAAUCAAAACGAUCAAGAGCACGUAUAUGGCGGCAGCUGGACUCAAACCAGAAUGUGAGUCUCAAUACAGUGAGAACUGGGAACAAGUUGUAUCGGUGGUCGAUUUUGCACUUGCAUUGAAAGACAAACUGGAUUCUAUCAACGCAGAAUGCUUCAAUCAAUUUGUCCUAAGAGUGGGAAUCUGUCAAGGGCCUGUUGUAGCCGGAGUAAUUGGCGCCAAAAAGCCGCACUAAGACAUUUGGGGCAACACGGUUAAUGUGGCCAGCAGGAUGGAAAGUACUGGAAAAGCUGGUUAUAUGCAGGUCACAGAGCAGACGUACGACAUUCUAAAGGACAAGGGCUUCAAAUUCAUCUACCGCGGACCUGUAAAAGUCAAAGGAAAAGGAAGGCUGGUUACGUAUUAUCUCACUGGAAGAGAGGCUAAGGCAAAGAGAGUGUACCUUGACUUGCCAAAUACGGUGGCAAUUUAACGUGCCUUUUGAGGCUGCGUGCUUAAUGUCGCGUCUGGUCUCGUACUCAGACCUUGCGCGGCCAAGCAGUUGUAUUUCAGUUCCAGUUACAGUUCUGGCCCAGUUUGUUCGAAGAGCGGAUAACCCUAUCCAACGGAUAAAUCCCUAUCCAGCGAAUAAGUGAUAGAGAAAUGUACUGCACUAUCCACCGGAUAGAGAUUUAUCCAGCGGAUAGCGUCAUGCGCCCUUCGAACAAACGGGGCCUGAUAAGGACUGCGAAUAGUCCUGAAAAAUUUUGGCGUUUAAGUAAAACCCGUUAGGGGGCUGUGACAUUCGAUCUUUGAGCUGUAGUUUGAAUUUCUUUGCAAGUAAGAUCUCUGAGGAGGGUACGAGGGAUGGAGGGGGCUGAAACCUCCCUUGCACAAAGAGCAUUUUUACUCUCCCCAGACUUCUCGUGCCAAGUGAACGAAGCUGAUGACUCAGUGGUCGAAAAUGAAAAAUUAACUCUAUGUUUUUAAAAAAUUGGUUGCCAGGAAUUCAUCCGCUGCAUACUGUAGAAAUAUAAAUAUCAACAAGAGUUGAAUAGAAGCUCACAGGAUCAGACGUAGCCGACUGGUUUAUUAAUGAAUACUAUUUUGUAAAAAAUGGGUUUUUAUCUCCGGAUUUGAAUUUGUAUAAUAUGUAUGUAAUAAACCAAUAUUUGCCGUUACAUAAAGUGUACGUAGAGCCACUGACCGGAAUCAGCUGGCGUUCCUAAUGAAGGUCAUUAAAACUUUGUGAAUUUGA